UUCUCAAAAAAAAGAGUAUCUCUGAGAGAAGAUGAAGAAUUCUUUUAUGUGCCUGGUUUUUGUAGUGUUCUUCCUGCAAUUGUGCGCAGGACAAGACUUGCAAACACAGUUUUUAAGUCCUCACAACGAUGCCAGGUCUCAAGUGGGCGUUGGCCCUCUUGUGUGGGAUGAUACUGUGGCUGCCUAUGCGCAAAACUAUGCUAAUCAACGCAUGGCGGACUGUGCUUUGCAGCAUUCGGGUGGACAGUAUGGAGAAAACAUUUUCUGGGGACAAGGUGCAGAGUUCUCGCCCGCAGAUGCCGUGAAUUCAUGGGUUAGUGAAGAGCAAUAUUAUGAUUAUAAUUCCAAUUCAUGUGCUCAAGGAGAAGAGUGCGGACAUUAUACUCAAGUGGUGUGGAAAAAUUCGCAGAAGCUUGGCUGUGCUCGUGUUAAAUGUAAUGAUGGCGGUAUUUUCAUCACCUGCAAUUAUGAUCCGCCUGGGAAUUACGUUGGCCAGAAGCCAUACUGAUUCCACGACUUCCAUUCCAUUCAUGUUGUAUUCCAUUAAAUUGUGCCUCCAUUAUAUCGUGCGUCUCUGUGUUGUGUUUCUCUUCCAUCUAGUAUUCCUCUCUAAAUAAUUAGUCACAUUGACCUCUUACGCGAGGUCACUGAAAGAGGUUUGUCCGUGUCCAAAUUUCUUACUGGCUUAAAAUAUCAGGCAGUGUGUUUUUCUUAAUUAUUAUAUAUCUCAUUUAACAAUUAUAGGGUUGAAUUUCUGCCGCCACAGCUGAAACUAAUCGCUAUUCAAAUAGUUAUGAAAGACCCGUGAGAUCCAAUUUUA